GCAUUAAAAGUACAGGUUAGCAAAGUUUUAACUGUCAACAAACUGAAACAAGUCCUCGCCAUGUCCACACCCGUUUCUGUUAGCGUGUGUAAACCAGUUUUCCCACAGCAGAGGUGAGUCUACUCGGAAAGUUUCGGAGGGAAGUGGCUGAAUGUUGAAUGUCGGACGUUGAAAGGACAGAAACCCGCGUUAUGUCAGCGCUGGACAGACACGCGACGGAGCUGACCGUCAUGGACGUUUACGACAUAGCGGCGGUUCUCGGGCAGGAGUUCGAGCGGAUCAUCGACAGGUUCGGCUGCGAGUCUUUGGUCGGGGUGCUGCCUAAAGUGGUUCGGGUCCUGGAGCUGCUAGAGACCCUGGUGAGCCGAGGGGCCGCCGGACAGGAGGCCGAGGAGCUGCGGGAGGAGCUGGAUAGGCUGCGGCAGGAGCGGAGCGACCGAUACAAGCAGGAGAGGAAGCACCAGAAGGAGUUGGAGCUGGUGGAGGACGUGUGGAGGGGAGAAGUCCAGGACCUGCACUCUCAAAUCAGUCAGCUUCAGGCAGAGAACAAGAAGCUGCUGGUGAGCCUCCCUCUCAAAGAGUCCCCCGGCACAGAGGACGACCAGGAGAAACCGGAGGGAAUGUCAGAGAAGGAGAAGCAGAUGAUGAAGACACUGAAAGAAAGAGUGGACAAGCAGAGGGAUGAAAUCCGGGCAAAAGACCACGAACUGACACUAAGAAAUGAAGAUGUUGAUGCGCUCCAGAUGCAGCAGCAUCGGUUGAUAAGAAUCAACCAGGAACUUCGACGCAGGAUAGGAGUGAUGGAGGGUCAGGGUAAGGCACUGAUCCAGCAGAGGGCUGAGCUGGAGGCUUCGGCCCAGGCACAGCAGCAGGAGCUGGGGGCUCUACAGCUGGAGGUCAGAAGUCUGAGAAAGGAGCUCCGGGAGUGGGAACUGGAGAGAGAGGUCACUAACAUAGAGGAAACCUCUCUCAUCACAUCUGUCAUGUCGCCACCCACAUCACCACCGACGACGUCCUCAGCGGCAGCACCAUGUAACUCUACCAUCAAACCAAAUUCAGUGUGGGCAGAGUGUGGAGGAGACCCAGACUUCCUGGCCAACUGCUUUGAGCGUGACAAGAAUCCUUCUCCUCUCCCAAAGUCAUCAAACAGGGAAAAUACUGAGGAAGAGCAUGUCAAUGAUGAGGAAGACACAGAAGCAUUUUUUUUGAAAGUGUCAACUGAUACCGAGCCAGAUGAGGAGACUGACAGCCUGGAGGGGGAGUCCGACAAACCUCGCUUCACCCUGCAGGAGCUCCGGCACGUCCUGCAGGAGAGGAAUGAACUGAAGGCCGAAGUGUUUGUGCUGCAGGAAGAACUUGCAUAUUACAAAAGCGAAGAGUUUGAGGAUGAAGUCAGCGCCAUUGUUUGUAGUCCAUCUCCUCCACCUUGCUCCACUCCCACUGACCAGCAGGAAUCAGGAAUUAGACGCUUGAUCUUCACAGCCAUAAUGCCAAUGGUGGCAGCCGGUUUGAUUGUAGAUGACCCCACGUUGCUGCCAAUCAGAAGGCUUGUUUCCUCUGUAUGAUCUUGAGUUGAAAUUCCUCAUAUACGCCAUGUCGACACCAGUUUGUGUCUCUCAACACAAUUACAUAAAUUGGUUUAAUGGCUGCAGAACUUGGUUAUUUAAAACAAAAUCUGUAUGGUGUUUAUAUACUUGAAAUUGUGAUGAAUGAACCAAUUACGUCCUUACUGGCUUCUACUAUCACAGUGCAUGUUGGUAACAUUUUAGCUGACUUGGCAAGAGCUUCAAAUUAACAAAAUGUGAGACAAGUGGCCAUACAUUGGCACUCUUGCCUGUAUUUAUGGGCUCUCAGGGUUUUGUGGCUCUAUAAAAAGUCAUCACACAUCAGUGUGUCAUUUUAUAUAAGCUGUGCUUAAUUUGUUGUCACGCUGCUGUAAUGUCAAGUUACUUAGUGCCCAAGUUUCUAACUACAUUGCCUGAUCCAAAUACCAAAACAGUGUCACUGCCCUAAAUAGCGCACAGGAUUCACUUACCAGUUUGGCAAGGAGUGCUUGUAAUACAGUAUGGAGUUUUGCCCAGAGUAUGAACAGUUUUCAAAGCACUUUAAAGUUACUGAUCCGUCUCUUGUGCCAUUUAUAUUUUGGUGAAGUUCAGACUCAUCUGAUGGCAGAUUAUUGUUACGGUAUCUGAGUUUUGUUUCAAGAUGUAAUGAAUGAGCUGACCUGGACAGUCAUGUUCCAUUGUUUUCCACAAAGUGACCGUUUAAGAUAAUGUGCUUAAUGCCAGCAGUUAGUAAUCCCCUGAGCUGAUGAAAAGAGGAUGUUACUGUCUACUUGCAGCACAGCAGUGUGGCACACACACACUGUGGUUACACUUAUACACUCAUACUGGUAAAACACACCAGAAGAAACCUAUUCCAGAAAUAAUGAAUGUUGUAAAAACAUGCUAUAAUAAAACAAUAUGUGCAUCUGUAAAAUAAUGCUUGUUUAGAAUAAAGUAAUAAAGUUUAUUUUUCAUCUGUGUUGCUAUUAAA